AUGUGUUUGGGACUAAAAGAUUAUAUAUUGAAAAGAUUUGCUGAGAAGAAGAAAGAGCCAGCUGGCGAAAACAGCCAGAAUUUUGAACCAGCUUUUUUCGUAACAGGUGAAUCUUCUUUGGGGAAUCUAACCCAUACUUUGGCAAAAAUGCCGGGUAGAGAAAAGAAUACAGAAUCUUCAGGAAACGUUAUAUACUCUUCCCAAAACUACGAUUCGCUUGAUGUUUUUUCGCACAAUGCUAUAUACCGUGAGUAUCGUGCAUACGUCAACACUCAGUUCUUUUCAGUGCUCGUGGUUGUCGGAAACGAAAAAUCUGACACAAUUUCUUUGACAUCACCUUUCAGAACAGAUUUAACGAAGAUACCAGGUAGUACUUUUACAUAUUCAGAGUUCUGUGAGAUGCAAAUAUCACAUCUCCAUAGGGAGUUGGCUUGCAAGACUAUGUACCUCAUGAACUACAAUCCGUUUAAUCAUGUGACUGAAAGGUACAAAGGUCUUAAGUUGAAAUUGGAUAAACAUAACCCACUCCUUCUCUUUGUUGUCGACGAUCCAAGUGAAUACUUUCCAAUGCUCUUUGUAAACUGCUCCGAGUAUAAUAUGCGCAAGGUUUACAUGGAAUUAACAACCAUGAUGAAAGAGGUUAAAAGUUAUACAUUUUAUUCUCCGAAUGUUUUUAUUAGAAGAAUUUUAGCACCAGUUUCUUUUCGUAUUGAUGGAGAUAAAAUUGUAGUGUCUGAUUGUAGUUUCAAGACUGAGCUCCCUGACGAUAUAUUUAUAAGAUACCGGAACUAUUUUCUUCUCAAGCGCAAAAGAAGGCUACUAAAUGAUAACAACAGCAUCAAUGAUGUAGAUCUGGUGCCUAUUACUGCAGAAGAAGUUGCAUUUUAUGAUCCUAGUCGUGAAUUCCAACCUACUCCUCAGUACUUCAAAGACCCUCCACCACUUUACUUAGAUGAAAGUUCAGAUACUCAGUAA